CACAGAUGAGAACGGGACUUUCUAUAGCUAGACAAGGCUAAUAUUGAGCAUAGUGCAAAGGGUACAAACUUACAGGAUACAAGUCGUCAAAGGGAACACGUGUUCUUGACUUUAGCGCUUGCUGACUUCGCAAGCCACUCAAUUUCAGCUGCACAAAUAUAGGGGUAUCGCAGAACUUGGAUUGACAUUUUUCGCUAGUGAAGACAAACUUUCUCUAUGCCACCCUACUUUGCGUUCCUAUGUUAAAUCCCUUCAGCUCUUGUCUACUUAACAUAAUGACGCGAGUCAUAGUAGACUCUUGCUCUGCGAGCCUUCCAGCUGCCAAUUUCGCCUUGCAGCGAUGUCGGGCACGCGCACCGUCAUCAGUGGCUCGCUUGCGUACUCCAGCCGCUGGUUGGGGUAUGACGCUACGUCGCACUCUUGUAGCCCCGGCACAUAGCGCGUCAGAACCGGAGCACAGGCACCCACACCUCGAGUCGCGUUAUGCGGUUGAGCUUCCUCAUUACGAGCCCAGGGACAAUUCCGACAUUCCAGAAGUCUUCGGCAACGUUCACUCCACAGAAUCCUUUAGCGCUGUCGACGGGCCUGGCGUAAGGUUCCUCGUCUUCGUGCAGGGCUGCGCCAUGCGCUGCCUCUUCUGCUCCAAUCCCGACACCUGGAACCUCAAGGGCGGCACGCGCACCUCCUCCAAGGAACUCGCGCAGGAAAUACGCAGGGUCCGCAACUACCUGCGCCCCCGCGGCGGCAUCACCAUCUCGGGCGGCGAGGCGCUGCUGCAGCCGCACUUCGUGGCAACCAUGUUCCAGGAGACCCACGCGAUGGGUCUGAACACCUGUGUGGACACCACGGGCCAGGGCACCAAGCACGGCAACUGGGAUGUGGUGCUGCCGCACACGGACCUGGUGCUGUUCUGCAUCAAGCACAUGGACCCGCUCAAGUACGAGGCGCUCACAGGCAUGAAGCAGCGCGGCGCCCUCAAGUUCGCGGACGAGCUGGCGGCCCGCAAGAUCCCCUUCUACCUGCGCUACGUCUACAUCCCCGGCUACACGGAUGCGCCCAAGGACAUCGACAAACUCAUAGCCUGGGCCAAGAAGCAGCCCACAUUCCAGGGCAUUGAGCUGCUGCCGUACCACGUUUUGGGUCGCAACAAGUGGGAGGUGAUGCAGAUCCCCUACCCGCUAGACGGCGUGUCGACUCCCUCUCACGAGGCGGUGAGGAACGUCAUCAAGGCCUUCAAUGACGCGGACAUCAGUGUCAUUUGCGCCAAUUGAGAGGGGGGGAGGGGGCUACUGGCGGUUGGGCUGGGCUGGGCUGGGUAGCGUAAGAGGGUGAAGGGGGAAGCUGAGAGGGCGUAGGAGGAGGCUAAUGGGGGCAUUAAAUGCGCGGCCGGCCUGAAUUGGGGACAACAGAUGAAUCAAGCGUGAGCUAUACACGCUGUAGAUUGUUUUGCCAACGGUUGCAGAAUUGGAUUGUAUGAUUGCGAGAGGAGGGAGAUAGAGAGAGGCGUGAGAAAGGAGAAAGUUGUGAAGGUAGAAGACUUUCGCGAUACGUCUGGUUGACCCAAACGUGUGUGUCUCAAACGUGUUACCCCUACUCCGUACAUAUGUGUCGUACGCGAAUGUGUGUAUGUGUGUGUGUGUGCCCGUGUCUCUUCUCACUCUGUUUGUGUGCGCAUUCUGUGCUUUUGCAAACUGCUGGAGAAUGGCGCCCAGAUUGGCGCCGACUGUCAGAUUGGCGGUUUGUUGUUGCUGUUGGGAGCUGCACGGUGCCUCGCGUUUACACGUUGGGUGGGGCCCCUUGAACCACCUGUGGAACUUAGCUGCGAGAGUUCGCAGCUAGCUAGGGGGGUUCCUUUCCCUGUGGAACUGUGUGAAUGCCCCUUUUUCCUUGUCGGUGCGGUUGGAAGCCGGUUGUGCUUGGUUUUAGUAAAGCGCCGGUUGUCAUCAUCUUCCUCUCGUUGCCUUAAUGGACGGCUAAUGCAUGGAUGGCUUUAGGACUGCCACCGCCUUGGCGCCUUGGUCUCCUUCCUUUCAUGGCAGUAGCCGGAGGCAGCAGAGGGCCAGUCCUAACGUUCCUCUUGUUGGGGACGUGUGUUUAGAAAACUGGCCGCGAGUCGGGACGCGUGUGUGUGUGUUGCUCGCUCAUAGGGUACCUCGUAAUGGGCGGUAGAGAUUGAAGCUGCCCCGCCUUGGUUGCCCCUCGGAUGGACGGCCGCCUCGUGCCCUGGCCGGCUUGUUGUUGAGCUGGCGUGGGGGCCCUCGGCGGCCGUGUUGACACCCUGGAGCCUCGUUGCCAAUGCCUCGUUGAUGCCUCGUUUGGUAAGAAAGCCGGGAGAAGAUGGUGGGAGGAAACCCGGAAGGAGAAUUGAAGAUUGCAAGCGUCAUGGCCGUUGGCUAACUUGUUCUGACGCUAGGGUUAUUGCUCGGGCCUGACGGAUGGGUAAUUGCCGUUGUGAGACGCUGGCCUGGACGAAUGCCGUGACCUAUGGGUUUGUGAGCAUGAUUACUCUUGGGAUGCAACUUCAAGGAAAUGCAGGUGCUGGCUGCUCAGGAAGGGUUGUUGCCGGAAGGGUUGAAGUUGGGAAUUGAUGACAUGGGGUUUAGGAUCUUGUUGGGUCGCAUUGUUGGCUAGGUGAAGGGGCGGGCCGUGAAGGCUAGUGGCGUGGUGAUAGCAGGCUAGCUGGACGCGGUAGGCUGCAGAGCAAACAUGCACGGCAGGCAGCGUGUGUGUCUUCUGCAUGGCUUUAUGAGUCACGGUACAUCAAGGCCGCCUUCGCCAAUGCCGACCUUCUUCCAACCUGAACCAGGCGAUAUGCAAACGCCAGCAGGCCGGCGGAGCGGAAAGAGACGCUGAGACUGCGGCUGUCCCCGGCUUUGGAGGCGCCCCCCCUUGCACCAUGUUCCGACCUGUUGCACGUAUCUUGUAACAUACCCUCAAGCCCCUA